UAAAGGAAAGGUCUCAGAUGAGGUAUAAAGACAAUGGAUGAGGAUGUGACUGAACUAGAAUUGCAUCCAUCGGAGGCAAAUAUAAUAUUUGACACAUCAGACACAGAUACAACUUCUGGAGCCCAUCUAAAUGGAGAUGAAAUCGUGCUGGAAUUACAAGAAACCGUUUUUGUUUCUGAUGUCAUUGGUUCUGAUGUAACAGUGCAUAAUUUUACCUCUGAAGAUCUGGAUGCUGUUGUUAUACAAGAUGCAGUUGAGGAUGUUGUUGCAGAGUAUGUACAAUGCUCAGAGGCUGAUGAUCCUGAAAACUUUGCACAUACAGUUGAUGUUCUUGGAACUGACAUAAAAGCAGAGAUUUCUUUGAAUCAUUGUACUGUUCCAGAAGAUGUUUUAUCUCCAGAUGUUUCAUCAGAGGUUUUGUCUGACACACACACACAAUUACUGGUAGAUCAGAAUUUGCACAUCUCUGAGAUUGUAUCUGCAGAAAAGAUUUUACAUAACAGUACCAAUAAAAUGGAAAUUCCUGUGAGUGCUUUGCAGGUUGAUGUUAUCCCUGAGGAUGUACUGGUGACAAAUAAUGCCACUGAAGCUGUGAUUGAUGCCGAUGGAAUUCCAGUGCCAGAUUAUCAAAGUAACUGUGGAGAUUACCUCAUGAUUUCCUUGGAUGAAACCGAUAAAAUUGUACAUCAUGGAAAUGAAGAUGUUUCCGCUGACACGGGGAUUCCAGAACCUAAAGAUCUUUCAAAAGAAGAUGGACAUGAGGUUAUUAAGGUCUAUAUUUUUAAAGCUGAAUCUGGGGAUGAGGAUCUUGGAGGCACAGUAGAUAUAGAAGAAAGUGAAGGGGAGAAUGACCAUGAGGUUGGGUUACUAGAUCAAGGUGAUACUGGAAGAAUGUGCAGAGAAAAAAUGGUUUAUAUGACUGUUGGUGAACCACAGCAAGAUGAUGAACUAAAUGUGUCUGAAAUAGCAGAUCAGGUGUAUAUGGAAGUGGUUGUUGGAGGAGAAGAGGCAGUUGUACAAGAAAGGCAACAUGAUGCAUCAGUGCUCAAUAAGGGCUACAUACCUGUAGCCUGGGCAGCUGCUUAUGGCCACGAAGAUAUCAAAACUGUAGAAAAUGGAAAUGGAGCUGCGAGUGUGCUUCUUCAUAUUGAUGAAUCAGAUGAUGGUGAAAAGCUUUUAAAACAAAAAGCAAAAAGGAGGAAAAGGCUGGAUGCUAGACAAUUUCAGACAGCAAUUAUAAUUGGUCCUUAUGGGCAGCCAUUGACUGUUUACCCUUGUGCAAUAUGUGGAAAGAAAUUUAAGUCUAGAGGAUUUCUAAAGAGGCACAUGAAAAAUCAUCCCGAAAUUAUGAAUCGAAAGAAGUAUCAGUGCACAGAUUGUGACUUUACUACAAAUAAGAAGAUUAGUUUGCAUAAUCACAUGGAGAGCCACAAGCUGAUGAACAAAGCUGAGAAAACCAGUGAAUGUGAGGAAUGUGGAAAGGAAUUUUCCAAUGCUGCUUUGUUGUUUGCGCAUAAGUUGGUCCACAGGGAUAAAGGAUCUACAAAGAUGUACAAAUGUAAAUUCUGUGAUUAUGAAACUGCAGAGCAAGGUUUGUUGAAUCGCCAUCUUCUUGCAGUACACAGCAAAAGUUUUCCUCACAUUUGUGUAGAUUGUGGCAAGGGAUUUCGUCAUCCUUCAGAGCUCAAAAAACACAUGAGAACACACACUGGAGAAAAACCAUAUCAUUGUAUGUACUGUGAAUACAAAUCUGCGGAUUCAUCAAACCUUAAGACCCAUAUAAAGACUAAGCAUAGUAAAGAAAUGCCAUACAAGUGUGAGCGUUGCUUUCAGACAUUUUCAGAGGCUGAAGAGCUGCUGCAGCACAACUUUACUCAUGAAGAAAAUAAAACUCACCAGUGUUCUCACUGCGAUCACAAAAGCUCCAACUCCAGUGAUUUAAAAAGGCACAUAAUUUCUGUUCACACAAAAGACUAUCCUCAUAAAUGUGAUGUGUGUGAAAAAGGCUUUCAUCGACCAUCUGAACUCAAGAAGCAUAAGAUGUCCCACAAAACCAAAAAAAUACAUCAGUGCAGGCACUGCGACUUUAAAAUAUCUGACCCAUUCACUCUUAGUCGCCACAUACUUUCUGUACACACCAAAGAACAGCCCUUUGCAUGUAAACGCUGCAAAAGACAUUUUGCCCAGAGAAAUGAACUUAAAAAGCAUCUGAAGACUCACCGUGGAAGGCGAAUGUACCAGUGCCAAUACUGUGAAUAUAGUACUGCAGAUGCUUCUGGCUUCAAGCGACAUGUUAUUUCUAUUCACACAAAGGACUAUCCACACCGCUGUGAAUACUGCAAAAAAGGUUUCCGUAGACCUUCUGAAAAGAACCAGCAUAUCAUGCGACAUCAUAAGGAUGUGUUGUCAGCUGAAUGAUGAGACUUAGGCUCAGCUGUAGAAAGUGAUUUGGAUUCUGAUGCUUUGACCUCCUCUAGUCAUUUGUUAAUUUCAUGCAGAGAAGAUGGUUCUGUGCCAGGAAGGAAAUUUAGCACAUGCCACAAGUUCCUCUCUCUUUAUUACUAUGUAAAAGCAAUUCUAAACAAACAAAAAAAAAUCCUCAUCCUAAACAAAUGUAACACUUACCCAGUACUUGUUAAAUGUCAAUUUUUGUAAAGUCAUAACCCCAGUACUUCAUUUAGUUCUCUGAUAAGAGCUUACAGCUGAUUUGGUUAAAUCUAGUCAAAGCACUUAAUCCUCAUGAAAGAUGAUGUUGAGUUGAAUCAGUCUGGAGCAUAGUUAGAAUUUGGAGUCAUAAGAGUUGCUAUUAUUUCACUGGGCUAUUUUUUGUCUCCCUUUUUUAUUUUUUUACAUCAUCAUUUAUGUUCCAGUAAAAUAAAUGAAUUGUGAACUAUGGAGAGCCUAGCAAAAAGGUUUAGUAAUAAAUUAUUUUUAAGAAUAAGUUAGGGCGGGGUAUUUAUUCAUACAAGUUUGGCAAAAACAGUAAUUUCUUUUAAAAUUGAUAAAGUAGUUCUUGUUUUACCUGUUUUACAUGUCUAAUCCAUGGCCAAACAGGUACUGUGUUAAGAAACCAUUAAAAAAUUGUGAAAUACAGGUUUAUCUUCCAAUUGUUUUCUCUUGAUUAUUAGACAUGUGGUUAAGCUUUCAGUGAAAUAAUUUUUCUCAUAUGACACUCUGUUCUGUUACACCCUCAUUUUUCUACUUCUUAACGUGCAAAGGGGACUAUAAAGUGAUGAAAUUGGGCCACUGUAUUUGAAAGAUGAUGAUAGUUUACUUUUCUCCGUGUGCUGUUGAGUAUCUUGCCAUCUGCUGCACAAAAUGAUUAUUUACUCCAAAACAUCCAUAUACAAAAUGCAAUUAAAAUUUAAAAAGAGAAUACAAUGAUGAGCAAUCUCUCAAAACAACCACCUGGUAUUAGCACUUAAAAUCUGCUUUCUGUUUGCACUGCUUUUGUUAUUUGUGUGUAUAUAUAACAAAUGUACUUGUUCAUGUAGUUACGUGUAAUUUACAUUUUGUGCAACAGCUAGCUUGGUAUUCUAGCUUAAAUAAAGAAAAUCAUUCCUUCA